AUGGCGCCAGGAAAGCAUGGUAUAUCCUCCAAAGGCUGGUCAAUGCAUGUCCCUGCAGAAGUGACUGGUGAAAUUGGCAAGACAGUUGCCUUGCCUUGCACUUUCACGCAUCCACACUCAACCUACGACAAAACCUUGACUGCCAUUUGGCGGGUGAAGGAGCCUUACAACGGAACAGUGAUUUUCAAGUGCAUUACGCACAGCUCCAGUGACUUCUGCAGAACCACCAUUGGCUUGAAGAACAGAUACAAGCUCUUGGGGAACCCAAGACAAAAUAACCUUUCACUCCAGAUUGACAACAUUGCCUGGAAUGACAGCAACAGAUACUUCUGCCGCGUUGAAUUCUCUGGGGAUCUUCACGACAAGUAUGAGAGCCGGAUGGGAAUCAGGCUCCACCUCAUAGCACCUCCCAGGAUUGUGAACAUCUCUGUCCAGAUGGACCAGGCUCAUGCUUUCCAUGCCAAGUGUACGGCAGAAGGAGAACCACUCCCGACUGUGACAUGGACUGGUCCUGUAUCUAACAACAUGACUUUAGUCUCCAGAAUCUCACACCAGAUAACCAAGAAACUUCAGCACCUGCUUCAUGAUGGGAAAUAUACUUGCACCGCCAUCAACAGCCUCGGCCAAGCGGAAGGGGCUGUGUAUUUUUACAAAUUCAAAGCUGGGAGCGGUUCUUGGAUUCUCAUCCUCUUGUUCGUAGCCUUGGGGAUUAAACUACUGGCCCUGGUGGUGAUAUUAGGGAUCGGUGCAUUCUGGAAGGGAGAUAGCUUUAUGGCCACAAGUACCCUUUCACGGUAA